AUGAUUCCUGGAAAGGGGCCCGCCGGCGUGUUGACCGCCGCAAUGGCGGCAUGCCCCGGAGAAUCUGUGGCCAACGGCACAUUCCUGGACGUCAUUGGGUUGGUGAAGACCAACUUGAGGACUUGUCGAUCCUGGAGGCAGUUCGCCAGGGACCUUCUGGCGUGCGUGACGCGAGUGCGCCCCGUGUUCAUGGUGGAUUAUGUGCACCUGCGAAGGGACCAGGUGGUGACCCUGUUGAGGGCUGCUGCCAGCCUCACGGGGGUCAGGCUGUUGGCCCUUCGAUUUGGGGAUUGCUGCUGGUUUGUGGCAAAUACAGCUGAGCUGGGGAGCAUGAUCAAUACCUGCGUCGAGUUGGGAACAUUUCCACAAUUCAUUGCCUUCGAGCGUGUUGCAGGACGUGGCCUGCUUGUGCCCAAAGUAGCAACGACACCAGAGGUGCAGUGCAUCCGUGAUCAGCUGCGCUCAACGUGCAGAUGCUUAGCGUCAGACUUGGAGGCAAGCACCUCUGCAUCCGUUGAUGCGAUCGACAUAUCAAGCUUUUGCGAGGAUGCCUUCUUUCCCACCUUGAGCGGGUGGCUGCUGGGCUACCCCGCUGUGUAUGUCUUGCUGGCCCCUGGCUUACCAGCGCAUGACCCACAGGAAGUGUCCAGGGCACUGUCGUGUGCCGAGCUUGUGUUGUUCCAGUGUCGGGUCACUUGUGGGGCGUUGGGAGAGAACAGGCCGCCAGUCAGGAAGAAAGAACCACAUGCACAUGACCCAGAUGUUCUGCUAGCUUUCACGGUCCCAAGUAUGGUGCUUAGUGACGGUGCUGCCCAAGCGAUGACUGUCUCGCUUGAGCAGGCUGUUGCGGACAGGAUCUGCAAUGCACCUUAUGGGGUCUGGGGCAAGGCAACAGUGUCCACGGAAAUUAAAGAAAACGUUGGUGUUGCACUGUGA